CUCACCUACAGAGUUGGUAUCACCAAGACCGGCGACGAAUCUCAACGGAUUUUUCAGUGGUGCCCAACUGGGAACGACUAUAUAUUCUGGCAAGAUGGUCAUCUGUACUACUCGGAUUCAGCUGAGUCGUCCACUUCAGUGAGGAUCAGUGAAGGCGCUCCGAACUGGGAACACGGUAUCUUCGACUGGCUUUAUGAGGAAGAAAUAUUUGGUCGGGAAUCAAAGGUCAGUCCGUAUUUGAGCCGUGAGAAACUCAAAGAGAAGUCGGUUUCCAUGAUUAGUUAUGUUCGCGAAGAAAAAUACCCCAACGUUGUGGAGUUGCCGUAUCCAAAAACUCACGAAAAGCACUUGCCGACUUACGUCGUUAAUAUCUGGGAUAAGAAAGCUCGACGGUCGAAGCAAAUGGAUGUGCAAUUAAGAGACAGCACAGCAUUCCACUAUCUUUACGGCGUGAAGUGGAUCAAGAUGGGAGAUGACGAGUUGUUAGUUGCUACAUGGGCGAAUCGACUUCAAACUCAUAUUUCCAUCACUAUUUGCGACUAUACUUCGGCAAUUUGUAAA